AUGGCCGCACUCCCGGAAACAUCUGGGCCGCAGAUCGAUACCCGCCUUGAUCCCUGCCGCCACACACCCGCAACGGACUCGCGCGUGCACACGGAAGCCACCUGCCUGCAUCCCGAGGGAUCUGGUUUCGCAUUUUCGCACACAUCGGGGCGCAAAUCGGCACCCUCAUCCCCCUUCGCAGUUCAUCCUCGCCUCCCUCCACCCUCCUUCUCGCCGAUCCUCCCUCAUCCUCCAUCCCUCCUUGGCCUCCAUCCUUCCUCCCGCGACAUCCCCGUGGCCAUGGACGAGAACGAGCGUCGGGUGCGGGAAAUGUUCGACUCCUGCGACCGGGAGCGCAAGGGAUUCAUCACUCGGAUGGACUUCCAGAAACUACGGCAGGACAUGGACCUCGAGCCCGGGGCCUGGGAGGACGUCUUCACGUCCCUGGACGCGGACGAAGACGGAUGCCUCACCUACGCCGAGUUCCGCCGGGGAUUCCGUGCGUUCCUUUCCAUUAAUUAA